UGUUUCUAGGGAAAGGAUCCACAUAGCAAAGGGGUUAAAAUCUUGACAAUCACCUCCAAAACAUCUUCCCUAUCAAAACCCCCCAAUUCCACCAUCUCAUAAAAAUGUUCAUCACGUCAAGGUGUCUUAGAAAGCUAUUUGCUGCUUGUACUCACACCACCAUGAGCACUGCAACAAUGGCUGCCCUCUCAUUUGCUAAUUCUACCCUCUUCUCAAAAACAUCUAUUUUCAUCUGUAGAAAUCGUGUUGCAGUUUCCACCUUUUCCACUGUUUCUUCUGUUGUGUCAUCUGACAACCGCCGCACUAAGAAAUGGAGGCAACCAGUGAUGCCAUCGGCAGUUGAACUCGGGAACAUUAAGAUUGCCAAAGAAGAUGUGGUGCGCGAUGAUCCCGCAAACAAUGUCCCUGAUGGAAUUUUCAGAAAACUUGGAAUGCAACUACACAGACGGAAUCAGCACCCACUAGGCAUUUUGAAGAAUGCAAUCUAUGAUUUUUUUGAUUCCAAUUAUUCCAAAAACUUCGAAAAAUUUGAUGAUCUUUGUCCAAUUGUUUCUGUAAAAGCGAAUUUUGAUGAUGUCUUGGUUCCUGCGGAUCACGUGAGCAGGAGUUAUAAUGAUACAUACUAUGUUGACUCCCAAACUGUUUUGAGAUGUCAUACUAGUGCUCAUCAAGCUGAAUUGCUAAGAAAUGGGCACACUCACUUCCUUGUAACCGGAGAUGUCUACCGUAGAGACUCGAUAGACUCUACCCAUUAUCCUGUAUUCCAUCAGAUGGAAGGUGUUCGUGUAUUUUCCCCCGAUGAUUGGGAAUCAUCUGGCUUGGAUGCCACAACUUAUACAGCACAGGAUUUGAAAACAUGCCUGGAGGGUUUGGCACGGCAUUUAUUUGGUGCUGUGGAGAUGCGGUGGGUUGAUACAUACUUUCCUUUCACGAAUCCAUCAUAUGAACUUGAAAUAUUUUUCCAGGAGAAGUGGUUGGAAGUUUUGGGCUGCGGGGUAAUGGAGCAGGAGAUAUUAAAGGCAAACGGCAAACCAGACAACUAUGCUUGGGCUUUUGGACUGGGGUUAGAGAGGCUGGCUAUGGUCUUAUUUGACAUACCCGACAUUCGGCUUUUCUGGUCAUCUGAUGACCGGUUUACUUCUCAGUUCGCUAAAGGACAGCUUGGUGUCAAAUUCAAGCCUUUUUCAAAGUUUCCUCCUUGCUACAAAGACAUGAGUUUUUGGAUAAAUGAGUCAUUUACCGAGAACAACUUAUGUGAAGUGGUACGAGGCAUUGCAGGAGACCUUGUGGAAGAGAUAAGCUUGAUUGAUAGUUUUACCAAUAAUAAGGGGAUGACAAGUCAUUGCUAUCGCAUAACUUUCCGAUCCAUGGAGCGCAAUCUUACUGACGAGGAAAUAAAUGACUUGCAGGUAUAUGCUCUGUUUGAAACUCGAGAACAAUAACUUAUCAACUAAAUAGAAUGGAUCAGUUGAAGGUGAGGGAGAUGGUGCAAGAAAAGUUGAAGGUUGUUUUAAGAUGAUUUGUGGUGCCAAGAUCUAUUCGUUACGACUUCUGCCUUGUAAUUUUCUUUACUCCCGCUAUAAAUCAUAUAUGAAAGCAGUUCUUUUAUGCAUUAGAGAAUACACGAGUAAUUUCAACAUUCGUUUUACUUGUUUAGCUCAUUUUGAAACCAUGUGCUCUCGCUAUGUAAUUUUUUAAGUUUUGUGAUAAAGGUGAUAUGGGUGGUCGCAUUUUGGCA